AUGUACGGUCAAGAAUGCUUUUCGUCGAGUGGGAAACUUAGGAUUGCUUCAGCCCAGUCGCGGUCUCAGUUCUCCGACGACCUGGUCCGACAUCUAUCUUCCGCACAACAGCCACAACACCUCGAUCAGGUUAUUGAGCAGCUCGAUGAACAGGUCAAAGAGUCUAAGAACUCACGGGUUGAGACAGGCUGGCAAAUAUCGCAGGGCCCCUUUUCCGUCUUAAAUCUCAAACCCGACACUGAAGAUGUCGAAGCCUUAGAUCAAACGCAAGUGACAAUGCAGUAUACUGAGUCGCUGGCCUCACUAGAUGGCAACCAGGAGCCGAUCGCGUGUUUGGAUGGCAUUGACUGGUCGUUGUCCAUACCAGACAGCAGCACUGGGUCUCAAGCACUGUGUGCCGCAGCUCCUGCUGGAGAAAGUUACAGCUAUUCAUUCACAAAUGCCGGCUAUACACCGCUAUUUGAAGGGGCAAAUCUCCCUGGCACCAAUACUUCCUUCGCGGAUAAUAUUCAAUUUCCUCAACCAACGUUUACAAAGGUCGCUACUUACGGACACCCCUCCGCAUCCUCCUUGUCCAAUGGAUCACCCUAUGUCCCUUCCAACGUCCGAUUUCUUCUAUCUCACUAUAUGAACCACGUCAUUGCCUCUCUUUCAGGUCUACCGCAUACUGAAGCUCCUUGGAAAAGGAUUCAUGUGCCCUAUGCCAUGACCGCGUAUGGAGAGUUGGAUAUCAUGGGCCAGUCAAGUCUCGCCAGAGUUUUGCUCCUGUACAGCCUCCUUUCCCUGACCUGCUACCACCUCGGGACUCUCUAUAAGCCCACCUCAAACGCUGGGGGAGCUGGGACCGAGGUACAGCCGACCGACGACCAGGCAUCCAAUUUGCAAUACUGGAACUCUCAAGGUCUCAAAUUCAGGGAGAUAGCACGAACAGCUUUUCGAAAAUGCUUGCAUGCACUGUCAACCGAGCAACCAGAACAGGUCAAAUACAAAGAGCUUUUCGUGAGUGCAAUGAACCUGAUCUGUACUGGGAUAGUCAGUGGAGAUCCUUGGGACUCGCGACUUUUCAUCCUGCAAUGCGAAGAUAUCGUCAACAAAAUCGGCAGAAGGAAGGCCAUGUUUUCGAAGAAAGCUUUGCAACUGCAUCGGAUAUUUGCCUACGUCAGGGUCAUCGAAAAGACCACCUUCGUCCAGACGAGGGAUCAGUAUCUCGUCACCCUGGGCAAAAAGCCCAUGCUCGCCAACGAAAUAGAGCUGGUGAAGAAGAUCCCCGAGGACAGUUUCCCCUAUUCAGCGACCCUGGCCUCAAACUACGAGACCUGGUCAGAUCUGGGGUUGAGUGGGCCCGAGGAGGAAUCUUUCAACGACUUUUAUGGCAUGCCCGCGUCCAUAUUGAGGCUAAUCGCAAGAACGAACAACAUGGUAGCCCAGAUCGACCCGCCACAGCAUCAUGGGACUGCUCAGCCUUACAUGCCUUCAAGCCUGGUCGAAGCCGCCGCGGCCUUGGAGCGAGAUAUUUGUCACUGGGAGACGCCACAGAAACCGGCCGGAAACAACAACGAUGAUCCUUUUGAUUUAUUAAGCUGUAGCCCUGCAGACACAAACAGCAUCCCGGAUCCAGGCCAGACCAUGAAGUCAAAUAUCGCGACGGCAAUGCACCAUGCGCUGAUGGUCUAUUUCUUCCGGUUCGUGCGGGGCACAAACCCCAUAAUACUCCAGCAUUACGUCGAGAGCAUCCUCAGCAAUCUGGAAAUGCAUCACGAAAGCAAGCAAUGCUUCUUUCCUGGGGUGCGGUUGGGCGUCACGGUGUGGCCGAGCUUCAUCGCGGCUUGCGAGGCGCUUGGAGAUAGCCUACGCCGCCGCGCCGUACUGUGCAUGAGGCACGCCGCUUGGGCAGGCUUCCAGAAUGCAGAGGCAGCCGAGAUGGUUGCCAAAGAGGUGUGGCGACGUCGUGAUGCGGGGGAGUUGCACGUUUCGUGGAGCACAGUCCUCCGGGAGUCUCAGACCAUUCUGCUCUUGACCUGA